UUCAGUUGUGCUUACCGCUCAGUGUGUGCCGUUGCUGCCAGUGAGAGUGACCCAAGUGACUGUGACACAGUGACUCCAGUCGUGACUGUCGGCCGUCGGUGGUGCGUCUCGGUGGCGUAUGCUUGAUUUGUGUGGCGCCCUAACGUAUGCUUGAUUUGUAAUACGCGAACCGGGCGAAGUUCUCGCAGUGCAUCCUCAAGGAUACCAAGCAAAAAUUAACAACAAACCCAUCAUUGAAUUGUGCCCCUCCUUUAAAGUUAAUCUACACACUCGCUGGUGUGCAGUGUGGUGGCUGUGUGGUAGUGAGCUGCUGCCUGUGUGUGUGUAAUGCGUAUAUAAGUCAGGCAAAUUUGUCACGUGUUUUGGAUAUCUUUUUCUGAUGCCGCCCGUCCGGGAAUUUAUUGAAAAAUUGCACAAAGAUAAAUGCGCUAAACAAACAAAAUCCGAAAACGACCAAAAUCCAAUCUGAAUCAAAAGGGCAGUGGGACUUAGCCCCAGAGUCAGGACAGAUGUUGCUGUUCUGAAAUUAGUGAACAUGGCCCACAGCCAAUGGUUAUUGAUGGUCCGAGUAGAGGAAAUCACUGUUGAAGAAGCAACGAGGAACCGAGACCGAGACCCAAAGAAAUAUUAAACAAAUUAUGAACAGCAGCGCGAUUGUGGGGCAAUAAAGUUGGCCAUAAAAACAUAGUUCAAACCGCGCGGCGAACAAUAAACGAGGAAAACUAAUAUUUGACAAACUGUGAGCGAAGUCACUCGAAAGUAAAAUUGUGAACAUUCGCAAAAAGUUGCUACCCCGAGAAAAUCCCAAACGUUUGCACUCGUUGCGUAUACGCCGUGUUGGCAGUUUUGCAUUUUUGCAAGAGGUGUUAAAUGCGUUCGCCAGUCUCAGCUGGAGCUGCAGCUCCACCGACCACAGUCCACCACGGAUCCCCCGCUGGAAAGUACCAGUAAAGGCCAGUGAAAGUACCAAACUGUGCACUAUUUCCGCGUAACUGAACAUUAUCGCUCUCGCUCCCUCGCGGGAGGGGAUGCGCUCCUGGAAAAGUCGCAGUCGAUCCAAAAUGCAAACACUCGAAACGAGAACGCGGCUCCUGCAGGGCGCCCAGCUCACCCAGCUGCUCCUCGGUGCCAUCCUCUGCCUCACAAUCGCAUCGCACACACAGACGUCGGCGGAGGCGGCAGGCGGUAGGGCAUCUGGACCAGGAGCAGACAGAACAUCAGAAAGAGCAGGGACAUCGGCGGCAUCGGCAUCGGCAGCCUCCACGGCCAUCAGCUCCGAGGAGAGCGGCGACCCAUCAUCGGCGACCGCGUUCUCCAGCCUGGCUCAAGUGUCCUCGCUUCUGCCGGAGGCAUCCGCACUGUCGGCGACAUCGGGACUCGUGGAGCCCUAUCUGGAUGGCUACGCCACUUCCAAUGUGACCACUCAGAUCGGGACACACGCGUAUCUGCCAUGUCGGGUCAAACAGCUGGGCAACAAAUCUGUGUCCUGGAUUCGUCUGCGAGAUGGACACAUCUUGACCGUUGACAGGGCCGUCUUCAUAGCCGACCAGCGAUUCCUGGCCAUCAAGCAGCCGGACAAGUACUGGACCCUGCAGAUCAAGUACGUCCAGGCCCGGGACGCCGGCUCCUACGAGUGCCAGGUCUCCACGGAGCCCAAAGUCAGCGCGCGUGUCCAGCUGCAAGUUGUGGUUCCCCGCACGGAGAUCCUGGGAGAGCCGGACCGCUACGUGAAGGCAGGCAGCAACGUGGUGCUACGCUGCAUCGUGCGUGGCGCCUUGGAGCCGCCCACGUUCAUCAUGUGGUACCACGGCGCCGAGCAGCUGGCGGCCGACUCCAGGCGCCACCGCACGCAACUGGAUCCCAAUCUGCCGGAGGCCUCCGGCGAAGGGCAGAGCACGAUUGGCUCAUUAAUCAUCGAGUCGGCCAAGAAGCGCGAUACUGGCAAUUACACAUGUAGCCCGUCGAAUAGCCCCAGUGCGACCGUAACGCUGAACAUAAUAAAUGGCGAAUCGUCGGCUUCAGCGGUCACCUCCUCGGCAGCCACCACCCGGGCCUACGCCCUCAGCAUCCUGGCGCUCCUGCUCAGCGUCAUUCUCAUCGGAGUGGGCCACCGCACAUGACAUGUCACUGCCAGCAAGCCAAACUGAAUGGCCGGAGCAAUAGCUGCUACUAGACAGUGAGGAGAUGGGAAGCCCAACACUCUGCCAACGUAAAAAGUAAAAAGUAAAAAACCAAAUUAAUUUGAUAGGCCCAAAUAGCGAAAAGCGAGAAGAAACAAGAAGAGAGAUAACACGUAAUAACCGAGUGCAUGUUGUAAGCUAGUUGAUUUUAUCCACUAACUAAUAACCAAUACAUAUAGAGGAUGAGUCCGUAUCCCAGAAAAAGACAGGCAGUUUCGAGAACCUCGACUCCCAGCUAAUCGUAAGUUCUACCGGCUCUAAGCGAACUAGUUAGUAAGCCCCUAGUUCUAAGCUGGCUCCUAACUGAAUUUGUUACGUAGUUUUGUUUAGGUAUUUCAACUCGAUUCAGUUUUGGUUCGGUUGCGCGAGUGGCGGGGCCUAUGUUUUGUGGAAAAUAUCGAGUAAGUUUGCAUAAAUGAAUAACAGUAAAUAUUUAUGCAGUCCGAUGUGAAAUUGCAUCGAUAUCCUGAAACCAUUCAGACCGCAUGGGCGAGCUGGGCAGGAAGAGGGAUCGGGAUCUGGGAAAUUCCAGCCAUCAAACAAAUGCGUUUUUGGAAAAAUGCAACUCGAAUGCAUUUGCAUGGCAAUUGGAGUCUGGAACAACAUUUGCAGUCUCCUUCCUAUGUGGCGACAUGCUAAACUUUUCAAUUAGCCAUAUCUCCCGCACUCCUCGCACAGUUUUCCUCCUCCUCUCUCACUCUCUCUCUCUCUCUCUCUCUCUCUCUUGCUCUCUCACUCACUCACGGAUGCCGGACAGUUUUGAAUAUUUAUUAUUUUUGGCAAAUACUAGACUCUGGCCGGUGGUGACCUCGUUUCUGGUCAGAGGAAAUGAAACUUAUUUUGCCAAUAAAUUUGAAAAAUUGAAUAGGUCGUCGCAGAGAUCGUAGAAGUUGUGAAAGAUUUCCAAGGAGUUUAUUUAGCAUUAUCUUUGGCAAACAUAACACCCACAUACUCGGACUCACGAUGUAUGUAUCUGCCGAUGUAUCGCAAACAUUUGCAUAGCCAAUUUAUGGAACUCUAUUUUAUGUGCUCUUAUCUCACGAACAAGCUCGAAACAUGCCGGAAAAAGCAAAAUUCAUAAAGUAAAUAUUGCGUAAGAACAAAAAAUUAUAGCAAAUACACUCAUUGAUCGAAAUGGACGAAUUGGAUGAAAUGGGCGUCCAGCAAGCAAAAACAAUUUAAUUGAUAACGAAAGUAAAUUUAUUGAAUUCAGCGGACCGAAUCGUGAACUGUAUAUAACUCCACUGCGAAAUCGUUCAGCAAAAUGUAAAUUAAUUGAAUAUACAAAUAAUAUAAAUGGCAGAAUCCAACCAGAGACGUAUUCCAAACACUAAUGAAUUGCAUUUAAACGAUACAAAUAAAUACAUAAAAUAAAUAAACAAAUAGCGGCAGGCAGGAGACAAAGGCGCAAGGCGGCCAAAGAAAUAAAUAAAACGACAAACGACAAACGGACAAAAUGUAAACAUCGUGUGCAUCGCCAACCCGCAGGCCCAACUCGUAUUUAUUUAUCCACUUAACGUCGUCCUUUUUAAUUACACACACACACCCCCGAUCCACGGUAAAUCCCAUAAAAAUCGUCAGAAAUUAAUUAAAGUUGUCUCUGCUCCUGAAUUUGUAUGCACGUGGAAAGGUGGAAAGUGAGGCUGCAGCGUCAACUUAAUUGCAAUUAGGUGCAGACCCACUAUCACUCCCACACCCACUCAAACAAUGCCCUCAAAGCGGCAUUAAUUAUGUGUGCGAUUGUCCCAAGGCAGCGUCGGCUGUCACUCCCUGCGUAUACUUGAUGUGCCCGCCUUUGAGCGCUUAACAAAUUGAUCCCGGGCCAAGUUAACCGCAAGCAGCUGUGAGCCAACACAAACACGCUCCGCAGACGGGUGAGAAAAAGCCACGGAAAUAAAUUUCUGCGGUCAAUAUUACAGCGGUCGGGCAGGUGGAGGUUAAUUUAACGGGGAUUCUUUUCACGGGUGUGGACAAUUAACACAUUCCGGCUUGCAUGCAUCAAAUGCUCGCGGUCUGCGGCUAACCACCUUUGAGCCACCCACUCCUUUUCACACCCACACAUCCGAGUAGCGCCCAACCUUAUAUGCAGCCUCUUAUUUUUCCGCCAAAAAGCCAUUGGCCAUUGGACACAACACUAAAACUGAAUGUUGAACAAUGAUAGUUUGUUAGACCUAAGCGGCGUAUAUGACCAUAGCAAGUACUAUACAAAUCGAAAUCAAAAUACAUUUCUAAGCUCUUAAGUGUUUUUCAUCAACUCGAUUAACGUGUAGACUCCAUUCAUGUAAUUAUCAACAACCGACUAUUUGUAAAUAAAUCGCAUUACACG